ACAGUGAGCAAACACCUAGAGUGCCCCUUGUGUGCGUGUGUGUGUGCGUGUGUGCGUGUGUGUGCGCUCUUGUGCGCGCCCGAGAUUGAGAGCGCACUGUUCCUAUUGCGUGUGUGUGAAACUCUGGUCUUGUUCGGAGUGAGACUGAGGGACAGGAAGAGAUUUAAAAAUGGCUCCCAGCACUCUGCUGCACCUCUGCUUCUGUAUCAUAUACACCGCGCAAACGUGCUGUGGAUUUAACGUGGAUGUCCGUUUCCCGGUUAUAAAAGAAGGAAAAACCAAAGGCAGCUUUUUCGGAUUCUCCGUAGCGCAACAUAGACUGACGGAAAAGCCCAGGAAGUACCUACUCCUAGCAGGAGCACCCAAAGAGAAAGCUUUAUCACAGCUGAAGGUAAACGAGACCGGAGCCAUCUACUCGUGUCCCAUCACCACAGAGACGACAGACUGCACCAGAGUCGACCUCAUCACCUCAACGGAUUCCUCCGAAAUGAUAGAAGGCAUGUGGCUCGGCGUGACCGUAGCCAGUCAGAGAGAGCAUCCUGGUGGACGAGUAUUGGCAUGUGGCCACCGCUAUGUGAAAAUAGUGCAAGGUCGAGGAGAGGAACAGCGCCGGAUGGUGGGCAAGUGCUUCGUCCGUGGGAACGACCUGAGCUUCGACCGCGGCGACUUAUGGCAGGAUCACCCGUAUGAGGUGUGCAACCCCAACACCGACAUGGAGCUGGAGGGCAUGUGUAACAUGGGCAUUUCCGCAGGCAUGACGGACAGCGACGUCUACAUCGGCUGCACGGGGAGUUUUGAAUGGCAGGGCAACGUGCACGUUACAUGGAGAGACACGACUCCGGACAACUCCUGGGAUUACAGCGAAAAAGACUUCGGUUCUCUAAAUAAGCGCAACAGCUACAUGGGUUACUCGGUGACGGAAGACUUGAAGCUGUUAAGCAGGAAAGAAUACACGGUGGUCACAGGGGCUCCCAGAGACGACUCCAGGGGUUCGGUGAUGCUGGCGGUGAAAGGCCAGUCUAACCUCGAGCCUGCCUUUAUAAUCCCAGGAGAGCAAGUGGGCUCGUACUUCGGGAGCAGCGUCGCGGUGACGGAUCUCAACAAUGACGACUGGAACGACCUGAUCGUCGGAGCUCCCUUCUAUUUUGACCGCUACAAAGAGCAAGGUGGAGCCGUGUAUGUUUUUAUCAACGAGAACGGAUCUUUCCAGAACAAGUCUAGCAUCGUCCUGAACGGCGCCAAGGGUUCUGCGUUUGGAUUUGCUGUGGCAGCUAUAGGAGAUGUGAAUCAGGAUGGAUUCCAAGAUAUCGCAGUUGGAGCCCCAUUCCAUGAUUCCGGAAAAGUCUACAUAUGGAUGGGAAGCAAAGAGGGAAUAACAAAUGUUCCCAGUCAGGUUAUAGAAGGGAAGACUUUGGGCUCCGGUGGGUUCCAGACGUUCGGAUAUUCCCUCAGCGGAGGCAUGGAUAUGGACGGCAACAAAUAUCCCGAUAUCUUAGUCGGCUCUCUCGACGAUCGUAUAGCGCUUCUGAGGGCACGUCCAGUUAUCCAUUUAUCCAGAAACUUCACAGUAGAGCCAAAGAUUGUGGAUCCCAGCCAGUGCAUCGAUACUUGUAUAACAGCGACGAUGUGUUUCACUUACACGCUGAGCAACGGAAAUCGCAGCUUUAAGAAGGGCAUCACUGUAAAAUACACAGUAGAGGCGGACCGCAACCGGCGCGGUCCGAGAGUGCAGUUCAUCAACGGCAAAAGCACCUACACGGGUCUCCUGUCCUUCUCUUCUCCGACCUGCCAGGAGCUCAAGCUUCGGAUAAAUGAGCAGAUCACAAAUAAACUGGAGCCGGUUGUGUUUCUUUUAAACGUUUCGUUGAACGAGGCUUCGGUGGAGCCCGAACAGACUCUACAGGACCUUGACACGUUCCCGAUGCUCAGCAGCCAGCAGCAGCUGACUGAAAAAACUGAGAUUAACUUCCAGAAAGAGUGUGGCUCUGAUAACAAAUGCAGCAGCAAUCUGCAGGUGACGGCGCAGUUUGCCAAUGAACUGCAGAUCGUAUUCCCGAGCGUGGACGGUAGACAGACGAUGGAGUAUAACAGCAGCGUCAGGAAGGUGAUGUUGUUAGUGGAGGUGAGCAACAUCGCCAGUGGCGGCAGAGAGGCCGAGGACGCACAUCAGGCCCUGCUGAACAUCACCGUUCCGCCGACACUCAGUUACUCAGGCUUUCGUUCUAAGGAAAUUGAGUGUAACGCUAACAAGACCGUGAUGUGCGAUGUUGGGAACCCAUUCAAGAGCAACAAGAAGAUUUCCUUUCAGAUUAUAUUUGAGACUUUUAUUACGCUUUACACGGACGAGAUUGUUCUGCAGCUCCAGCUAUCUACUCUGAGCGAACAGAAUGAUCUGUACCCUGUGCCGGUCGUCCUCAACGUGGAGAACACGAUCCUCACUUCCUUCUCUAUUGAGAACCCGGUGGUAAACACUUAUUUUAGUGGUAAAGUGGUGGGCGAGUCAGCCAUGAACAGCACGGAUGACAUCGGCAGUCUAGUGGAGUACGUUCUCCAGGUGAGUGUGGCAGGAGAACCACUGGGAACUCUGGGAACACUGGUGGUGGACUUCAGUUGGCCGUUUGAGGUGACAAACGGUAAAUGGUUGCUGUAUCUGACCGAGAUCUUAACCGGCGGGACGUCCGAGUCGCACUGCGUUCCUCCUGGAAAAGUUAUUAAUCAUUUGAACUUAACAAUGUCAAGGAAGAGUUUGAAACGGCAGAAGCGAGAUUUGGACAACAGCCUGCCGCUCGCUGAAGCAGCUAAAACCCUCCUGACUCCACGCAAAGAGACCCACCUGCUGGACUGUGCGGUGCAGACGGCUCGCUGCGUGACCUUCUCGUGCCCGCUGAGGAACAUGUCCACUGCGGCCUCGCUCACCGUCAGAGCUCGUGUGUGGAACAGCACCAUGCUGGAGGAUUUUGCCAACACUUUUCGGGUGAUCGUGAAAGGGAACGCCACGCUGAGGCUGGAGACCGACAAACCCACCAUCAAGAUGCAAACUGAAAAUCGAGAGUUUGUGUUGAACAUCGAUCCCGUUCCAGGAGAAGAAACACCAUAUAAUGUUCCAUUAUGGAUUUACAUCAUCGCAGGCAUAGCAGGAAUUAUUUUAUUAGGCAUCAUCAGCUUCAUCUUGUGGAAGUGUGGGUUCUUUAAAAGAGCUGUCUACUACAAGGUGAUGCCAAAGUAUCACGGAGUGAAAAUACGCAAGGAGGAGAGGUACAAGUUGAGCCGGGCUUUUCAGCCUGAGCACAAGCUCAACAAAAAACUCUGGGUCACCAACUGGACAGAAGUGCACGAAUAUUACUACUGAACUUGGAAACCGUCGACUCGGUUGCUGGUCCGACGGAACGCGGUACCCGGAGGUUUCCUUUACUAUAUGGACGAGACUCUGAGGCUUUGUCUUCGUAGGCCAACAUUUACACGUGUUUAAGAAUUGAGUACUGGGUGAAAAGUGUUGUUGUGGUUUGUUGUCUGUCUGUCUGUCGGUUGUUGACCGGUGCGGUACUCAGAAUACUCAAUACUCUCAGUAUUUUGGAAUAUACUGUAAUAUAACGGAUAUAUUUUCUGUAUCGUGGUCGAUUUUUUUUUUAAUAUGGUAUUUUUUUUAGUUUAUCAUUUAACAUUUGUUCGUAAAUGCACGAUGCUCCAGGAAGACUCUCACACUCCCAUUGACCCUGUGACACACAGAAGGUUUCUUCUGACUUUAAACUACGAAUGAUGGGAUUUUUUAUUUUUUUAAAUUUUUAUAGCCAGUAUAAGAUAAAUUUUAUCACUUUUUCCUGCCGAUAGAUAGAAAAGACACGACGACGCUGCCUGGUAAAGAGGUACACGGUGAAUUUCAGCACAAGGAAGAAUUCCACACGCUGCCGAACGGAUAUUUAUUUAACGUGUGCCUGUAAGGAUACGAUACGAGUCGAUACACUGGAGAAUAUAAUGUUGCUUUGUAGUGAAUUAUUUGCUUCUUGUUCCACUUCCAACUGGUUUAAAGCUUUUUCUCACACUCACAGUAGUUCCUGCUAUACAGUAGCACUAAAAAAAAAGGUCCAGGGAAAUGAUUACGUUUAUUAAUAUUUCCUGGAAUGAUGAUUCAGUCUUUCAUCAACGAGUCAGAAUCUGUUCGUGGUUCUUUUUUUUUUUUUAUACGCUCCAGAUAUUAAAAUGUCUUGUACAUA